AUGUCCAUGUGCCGGAGAAGAAAAGAAACGGUCAGGUGCAGCGACUGUGGCCGCCUGCUUGAAGUGCCGCCGCACGUGCAGUCCAUUUGUUGCGCCGUGUGCCUCGCCAUCACCGGCGUCAGGGACUACCAGGACCCUGUCGGGCAGGCGGUGGGGUUCCUCAGCCGCCCGACGGCGGGCCAGUUGCCGUCGAGCUUCCCCGGCGUGCACGGGAAGAAGAGGGCUCUGCUCGUCGGGAUAAGCUACGCCGGCCAGCGGUGCGAGCUGAAAAGGACGGUGAACGACGUCAACUGCGUCAGGUACCUUCUCACCGAGAAGUUCGGCUACCCCGCGCCAUGCAUCGUCGUGCUCACCGAUGAGGAGAUCGACCCGCAGCGGAUCCCGACAAAGGAGAAACUGAGGGCGGCGAUGCAGUGGCUGGUGCAGGGAUGCAAGGCGGGGGACUCGCUGGUGUUCCCCUUCUCCGGCCACGGGGUGCAGAAGCUGGACCCGAGCGGCGACGAGGGAUCGGUGAGAUCAGCUCCAGCAAAACUACUACAUUCGCCAGAGAUCGGUGGCCGGAGCUCAAGAAGAUGACUAAGAUUGUUUGAGCAUUGUCAUGGAUGGCCCCGGCCUUGGACACGUGAACUGCAUUCCAGGUGAUGCCAGCAACGAGUAAGCUCAGUGGCUCACAGCACCAGCAGUAGAACUCCGGCAGGACACUCACUGGAGUGCUUUCUUCUACUUAUUGGUAGAAAGAAAGACCAUCUAAAAUUUUAGUCAUGAUCAUGGAGAUCAUAGACAUAGCUACUUGUUAGAUAUUGAACCAGAUAAUACCAAACCUGAGACGACCGGCCUAGCUCCUCGCCUAUCAAGGUAAAUAAAAAAAACUCACAACAAACGGCCCAAAAGUCCAACAUCAUGUGAUUGCAUACUUCAUUUAAAAGAAAAAUUCUUACAAAUACAUUAUAAUUAGGGAUCAAACUGUAGAUGACAACGUUUACACUUGCCAUAGCCUUGGAGGCGACAUAACUACUUAUUGAAGUAUAUAAACGUGUCUUUCUUAUUCAUUGAGAUAUUGCAUUUGCUUGGCCCUUUUUGCUUGCUCUCUUUGUUCUCUAGUCUUCAUAACAUUUGAUAUUGAUUUUUUUUUUUUUACUUUAGGUAGAAAGCUCGCGGUCCAGUUGAUUCUCGAUAGAUUUAAAUAUCAACAUGUUUAGGUACAUAGUGGUAUUUAAAUAUAUACAUGUUUAGGUACAUAGUGGUAAAGUUAAAUGUGUUAGUGCUUUGUAAGAUUCCCUAAACCUCGAAGUAU